AUGGGCGCGUGCUCUCUGAUGGCCCUUUUGAGUCAUCAGACGUGUCUCGUCGUAAUGUUUGAUGAAACCCUCAACGUCAAUUAUCAGCUCGGAGUGAGGCCUCCGGCUGUCUUGCGACGGCGGAUAGCCGCACCCGUGAACAAGAAAGCUCGUUCGCUGCCCCUGCACGUCACGGUGUUUCAAGAUGCGCUACAAGUGAAGGCGUUGAUUACCGUGCAGAAUCAACAACAGCUGUGGUGGGGGCAGGAAGAUCGGCUCUAA